UAUGAUACAACAACAACAGAAAUUACACCUAUCGAGCUAGAGAAUAUAAUCAAAAAAGCAUCUAAUACAAAGGCUACCGGACCCUCAAAGAUAUCAAAUGAAAUGCUAAAACAUCUUGGCCCUCAAGCAAAAACAAUGAUUUUAGACAUAUUCAACAAAUGCUUAAAACUACAUGACGUGCCUACG